AUGAGCGGAUGCGUGGGAGGGUCCCAGCAGGCUUAUGUCAGCUGCCUGGAAGACUGCACUUGUCUUGCCACCACGGCAUAUGCACAGUACUGCAGCGCUGCUUUUGCCAUGAACGUCACGGCACAUGAGAUGUGCCUGUGUUGGACGACGCGCUGCGUCGUUCGCUGCGUGGAGCAGGCUGCAUGCCGAAUGGGUGCCAACUAUUCCGGCGAAUGUGCGGCUCUUGAGCAGCAGAUGCGGUGCUCCUUGGACUGUCCUGGAGGGAGCUCGGGGCUUUCUUCCAGAGAGUGGCCCUGCGUGUCAGAGUUGGCGCCGGCUUCUGGGCCUGCAGGGCCUGGUGGGGUUCUUGUGGAGCCAGGCAGCGACCUUCCAUGGAUCGUGGCCACGUUGGUUGGUUCAGCGGUGGUUUUAGUUGUCCUCGCGGCGAUUUGCGUCUGCACAUGCCGACACACCUCGAAAAGGGGCAGAGAAGCCAUGGAAGCCGAGAUGUAUGGGAGAGCUUGA